AUGGCUUCGAGCAAUGACCUCCGGGGCUGGGUCAUGAGUGCCGUUUCUGGCGCGGCUUGCGUCCUGGGUUCGUCUGUUAUCUGCGUGGACAUUCUGUUGCGACACCUUUCGCGCCGGAAGGACUUUCAAAUAGUCCAUAACAAUGCAUUCUUAUCAGCAUCACUGUGCCUAAGUGCAGGUGUCAUGCUUUUCACUUCUCUCUACAGCAUGCUUCCGACAUCUCACAGUUACCUCAUACGCGCCGGCUGGUCCCCGUCUAGUUCUGCUUAUGUGCUCAUCGGACUCUUCCUCGCCGGUGUCGUUGUCAUUCGGUUCGCCUCUGCAUUGCUGCACCGGUAUAUCCCCUCUCACGUCGUCGGUUGCGAUCACACCCACGAACCGCAUCCCAAAUCCACUCACGACCAUGAGCACAAUGAACACCACCAUGAACAUCCUGAUGAGUCGCAUACCUGGAACGAGCGCACUCCCCUUCUGUCACGAUCCUUUAAAUCGUCCCCGGCGACCAUUACUCUUCCCGAUGCGAACCCGCGCACUCAAGCAGCUCUCCAACGGCGGGAAUCGUUGCGGGAUCGUUUGACGCGGCGCUUCAGCCGUAUGGUAGGUGUCAAAGCACAAUGUGAUGAAAAUGGACCAUGUUUUGGGUUUUCGCAAGCCUGCGGGCAUGAAUGCACCAAGACACUUGUAACGACCCCCGAAGUUUCGGAUGUGGGCGAGGACCUUGUGCGUCCACACCUCCAGCAGGCCCGAAGUCUCAGCGUUCACGUGGGUUCAACUCAACCCACCGAUCUGGAGUCAGGUCUACCUCACUUGCACGACCCGCACCACCCGCACCACCACGAGGCCAGUUCCUCCUCGUCGCACACGGGCUUGCUGGACGACCAGUGCCAGCCAUUAGAGGACUCUCCGCACAAACCCCCAGUAUCAACAACCGGCGCACAACAACCCCACCACCACCACGUCCCGCAAAACGCAUUUUUGUUAAUUGGCUUGCAGACGUCCGUCGCUAUCGCCCUGCACAAGUUGCCCGAGGGCUUCAUCACGUAUGCGACGAACCAUGCCAGCCCGACCCUCGGACUGACCGUCUUCCUGGCACUCUUCAUCCACAACAUCAGCGAGGGCUUCGCGAUGGCGUUGCCCCUCUAUCUGGCCCUGCACUCGCGCGGCUGGGCCAUGUUCUGGUCCAGUCUGCUGGGUGGCAUCAGCCAACCGGCUGGCGCGGGCCUCGCCGCCCUGUGGAUUUGGGCCGCCCGCCGAGCCAACGGGGACGAUGCGGCCGGCCCGUCCUGGGGAGUCUAUGGGGGCAUGUUUGCCGCCACCGCCGGUGUCAUGACCUCGGUGGCUUUGCAACUAUUCAGCGAGGGGUUGACCCUGACGCAUCAUCACGGGAUGUGCACCGGGUUCGCUAUUGGAGGCAUGGUUCUGAUGGGUCUGAGCUUUGCGCUCACAGCAUGAUUUCUCGUCCGCGGUCGGUCGGCGUUGGAAUUCGCAGUCAUGAUCAGACGGAAAAAGCGACUUGCAUUCUUCCUGUUCCAUUUUUAUUCUAUUCAAGAUCAACUCAGAGAUAGCAUUUUUCAGCGGCGUUUGGCUUCUUUUGAUUCGCAACGACGUGACGAUAUCAGGCUCCGGGAUGCCUUGAUGAAUUGCUUGCUUGUUUGCUUCCGUUCGCUCAUCCGAACAAGAUAUAUAUAACUAUACCAGUAAAUUCACAAUUCUUUUCUCAUUG